UUCAACAGAGACAGAGACGAGUGCUGCCGUUGUUUUAUUUGUAGCCUGCAUCGAUUGACUGAACAUAUGGAAUAUAUUUCAACAGUAUAUUUCGUAGCUUAGGCAAAUUCCUUUGGCGACAGAAACUGUGAGUGGAUAUAACAGCAAUAAUCAGAACUAAAGUGAAACGAUGGGAGCCGCAGGACAAAGACGGGGAGUACAGUCCUGGUGGUUCGCCAUCCGUUUGUCUGUGAUGCUCAGCUGUGUGGAGCGGAUUUCAGCUCAGAUCAAAUAUUCAGUUCCGGAGGAGGUAAAAGUGGAUUCCGUAGUUGGAAAUGUAGCGAAGGAUCUUGGACUGGACAUCAGUUCACUGCAGGAACGGCGGUUUCGUAUUGUAUCGGGAACUAAAGAUGCUCUGUUUGAAGUAAACCAGAACAAUGGCGUCUUGUAUGUGCAUAAGAGCAUUGACCGAGAGAAGCUUUGUGAAGGCGUGUCUCCAUGCUUAAUGAACCUAAAAAUGGUAGCGGAGAACCCCAUGGAAAUACACUAUGUAGGGGUUGAGAUCAUAGAUGUAAAUGAUAAUUCACCGAGCUUUCAGGAGGAAGAAAAAAUAUUAGAAAUAUCUGAGUCUACUGUUCCCGGCAGACGUUUCCAGUUACCAACUGCGCACGAUCCAGAUGUGCUCAUCAACACUGUGCGCGUGUAUAAAUUAAAUCAAAACGAAUAUUUUAGUAUACAGAUUCGAGAGCGAGCAGAGGACAAGAUACCAUUCUUAGUUCUGCAAAAGUCUCUGGAUCGGGAAAAGCACCAUGAGCACAAACUGACUCUAACAGCAGUCGACGGUGGUAAUCCACCCAGAUCGGGGACACUUAAUAUUACAGUCGUCGUUCUCGACUCAAACGAUAACCAUCCCACAUUUAGCCAAGAGGUAUAUACAGCAACAGUUCUCGAAAAUAUAGAAGCAGAUACAAGUGUAAUUAAGGUAAAGGCAACCGAUGUGGAUGAGGGCGCAAAUGGAGAAGUUGAAUAUUUUUUCGGUGGUCAACUUGACAGGAAGAUAUAUGACAUGUUUAGCUUGGAUAAAGAUACUGGUGAAAUUCGAGUCAAGGGAGAAAUUGACUUUGAGAAGGUUGAAGUUUUUAAGUUAGACGUCCACGCCACUGACAAAGGACAGCCUCCAAUGAGUACUGAUUGCACGGUGAUAAUCAAAGUGCUUGACAAAAACGACAACAAACCUCAAAUAGAAGUAACAUCUUUGUCAAACAAGGUGUCUGAAGGCUCAAAACCCGGGACUGUGGUUUCUCUUAUUAGUGUUACAGACCUGGACGCCGGUUUAAACGGCAAAGUAAUAUGUAGUCUUUCAGAAAAUGUGCCAUUUGAUUUAAAACCAUCAUUUCAAGAUAAUAUGUACUCGCUAGUAUUGAAGCAGCAUUUGGAUCGAGAAUCAGUUUCGCAUUACGACAUCACAUUAGCAGCUACAGACUGUGGUCAGCCUCCCUUGUCCACGUUCAAAAGUUUAAGCAUUGAUGUGUCAGAUGUGAAUGAUAAUACUCCAGAAUUUUCGCAUAAUCCAGUUGAACUUUACCUGUCAGAAAAUAAUGAGCCUGGAAAACCAAUGUUUUCUGUUACUGCUACGGAUAAGGACUUAAACGACAACGCUGUAGUGUCAUAUCGUAUAAUUAGAGGUGACGGCAGUUAUAAUGAUAUGACGUCUUUUCUGAAUAUAAAUUCUGAAAGCGGACAAAUCACCGCCCUAAAAAGUUUUGACUUUGAGACCCUGAAAACGUUCCAGUUCCAAGUCGUGGCCACAGACUCUGGAACUCCGUCACUGAGCAGCAACGUCACAGUGAACGUGUUCAUUCUGGAUCAGAACGACAACGCUCCAGUCAUCCUGUAUCCAGUCAGCUCCAACGGCUCUGCUGAAGGUGUGGAGGAGAUUCCCCGCAAUGUGAACGCAGGACACUUGGUGACUAAAGUCAGAGCCUAUGACGCUGAUAUAGGAUAUAACGGCUGGUUACUCUUUUCACUGCAGGAAGUCACUGACCACAGUCUCUUUGCUUUGGACCGCUAUACAGGACAGAUCAGAACACUUCGCUCAUUCACAGAGACAGACGAGGCUGAGCACAAACUGCUCAUACUGGUCAAAGACAAUGGGAACGUUUCCCUCUCAGCAACAGCUACUGUGAUUGUCAAAGUGGUGGAGCCCAAAGAGGCUUUUGCAGCCUCUGAUGUCAAAAGUGCAGCAACUGAUGAUGAGGGGAAUGAUGUGACUUUUUAUCUCAUCAUAACUUUGGGCUCAGUUUCAGUCCUUUUCCUCAUCAGUAUCAUCGUGCUGAUUGCAAUGCAGUGCUCCAAAUCCACAGACUAUACUUCUAAAUAUCUACAAGAGGCUAAUUAUGACGGGACACUGUGUCACAGCAUCCAGUACAGAUCUGGAGACAAACGCUACAUGUUAGUUGGACCCAGAAUGAGUAUAGGAUCUACUAUAGUCCCUGGCAGCCAUGCCAACACACUGGUGCUCCCUGACAGGAGGAGGACAUCUGAGGAGGUAAGACCCUAAAAUCAAAGACUGUUUUUUGCAUGAGUGUGGCCGCUGUUCGUGGUGCUGAACUGCUUUGGCUUUUCUGUUAUAAACAACAGAAAGUGAUUACAAAUCAAUUAUUCACACCUCUGUUUGGGAACAUUUAGGCAGAUUGUUCCUGACAGUCGAAGCUCUAAGCAGUCGAUGAAAUUCUAAUCAAGA